UGUAAUUUUCAGCGCCAACAACCCCUGCAGUCCUUUCGCUUCAUCGUUGGUCAAAACUUAGAAGUCUGACAAAACUUGAAGUAAGAUGAUACCCACCAUUGAAAUUUGAAUCCUUACAAUUUAGAACUGAGCAGAAGCAGAACAACAAUCGAUGCAGACCACUUAGAUUCCUUUUUCGAGUUUCAGUACUGUUCUAAUUCUAAAAACACCCACUUUCAGGUAUCCUCCCCUCUCCUGUCUUUCACCAUCACCAAAGCCAGCUGCAACACCAUCAAAAUGCCUAAUCCAUCCUUCAAUUCAAGAAAACCCAUUUCUGUACACGCUUUACCAAUCUUUGUCAGCCUGUUUUUCUCCGCCAUUCCCCAUUCUGCCCUGAAAAUACCACCUCCUUUGCCCAUUUUACCCCUCCCUUCGGCUUCUCAGCUCCAAUGGCAACUCUCUUCCAUGGCACUCUUUCUCCACUUUGGACCCAACACCUUCACUGACUCAGAGUGGGGAACAGGCCAUGCCAGCCCCUCUGUGUUCAACCCCACCCUACUAAAUGCUUCUCAGUGGGUACAUGUAGCCAAGGAAGCUGGGUUUUCAAGGGUGAUCCUUACUGCCAAGCAUCAUGAUGGCUUCUGCUUGUGGCUAAGUGAAUACACGGAUUAUUCCGUGAAGGCGAGUCCGUGGAGAAAUGGGAAGGGCGAUGUUGUUGCUGAGUUGGCUGCGGGAGCUAAGGAAGCUGGUAUUGCUUUGGGGCUUUAUUUGUCUCCAUGGGAUAGGCAUGAAAGUUGCUAUGGGAAGACCCUGGAAUACAAUGAAUUCUAUAUCGGACAGAUGACUGAGCUGUUGACUAGAUAUGGAGAUAUCAAGGAAGUAUGGUUGGAUGGUGCCAAAGGGGAGGGGGAAAAGGAUAUGGAGUAUUACUUCGAUGCUUGGUUUAGUCUCAUUCAUCAGCUCCAACCAGAUGCCGUCAUCUUUUCUGAUGCAGGUCCCGACACAAGGUGGAUCGGCGAUGAGGCUGGUGUUGCUGGUUCUACUUGUUGGUCUCUUUUCAAUCGAAGUAAUGCCGUAAUUGGUGGAACCAAUCCUCAAUACUCCCAAGGAGGAGACCCUCAUGGUCAUGACUGGGUACCUGCCGAGUGUGAUGUCUCAAUCAGGCCGGGUUGGUUUUGGCAUGCAUCUCAAGUGCCAAAGUCAGCAUUGGAACUUCUUGAUAUAUACUACAAAUCAACUGGUCGUAAUUGUCUUUUGUUGCUAAAUGUGCCCCCAAAUUCUUCCGGUCUUAUUUCAGAUGAAGAUAUACAAGCACUCCAAGAAUUCAAGGAACUUCGGAGGUCUAUAUUUUCAAAUAAUUUGGCCGAGAAAGGUCUCCUAACUGCUAGCAGUAUUCGAGGAGGCAAUGAUAAUUAUCAGUUCAGUCCAUAUAAUGUCUUUGAAGAAAGUAUUUACACCUACUGGGCUCCUGAAGAGGAUCAACGUGAUUGGGUCUUAUAUUUGGACCUUCAAGAAUCAGUAUCUUUUAACGUUUUGCAAGUUCAAGAGCCGAUUCACAUGGGACAACGCAUCAUCAAGUUCCAUCUUGAGAUCCUGAGUGGAGGUAGAUGGAAGAAUGUGAUUAGUGGCACAACAGUGGGAUACAAAAGGUUGCUGCAAUUUCCAACAGUUCAAUCUCGGUACUUGAAGCUUGUCAUUGACAUGUCUCGAGCUGAUCCUCUUAUUUCUUAUAUGGGGCUCCAUAUGGAUCGAUUUUCCAUUCUGAGCCAUGCAUCUAAUACAACCUCACAGAUAUAUGUUAAUGGUAGUCAAGUCCUUAGGCAAGUUCCAAACAAAGAUUCCCAAACUGCCACAGUUUAGUACAUGUAAUUUCAAGCUGCAAUUAUUGUACUGGUGAGUGUUAAAAACUCUUCCUAAAAUUUAUGGUUACAUAACUGGGGGCAUCUUCUAAUGCCUAAUGUACAAAUAAGUUGAUAGUAUUGCAUGUGUGCGUGAUUAUUAAUUUGAUCACCCUUUAUUCUUAUAGGCAA